GUCAUAAUAAUGUUCCCUAGCUCCGGUAUUUCCCUUUAUUUAAAUUUAAUUUAAUUAAUAAUUACAAAUGGAUUCUACAUCAAAAUUUUAUCAAUUACUUAAUUUGUCGCAUAAAGUCAUUGACAAAAAGUGUUUGAAACCUUUGUCAAAGUACGACAACUUAGUAACACAGAAUUUACAAGCGGCUCAGAUAAAUACUAGGCCGGCAGGAGCAAAUGGACUAUGGUGUUUCACUCUUCUGCCAACAGUAUUAAUUGUCUAUAGCCUUCAGUAUGAAGUGUCGCCAGCAUAUAAGCUAGCAACAUGUGUGUCCAUUGGACUCUUGUUUUAUAAUAUAUUGUUUCAUAUUUUUAUAUCUAUUACGAGCUUGGCGCUAACUACAGGCUUGGGGGCAGGUUGCUUGGUAUCCGGAUUGAUAACAAGUGCACUGGUUUACAAUGUUGUUAAAGAAGACACACUAUUCGUACUGUUCUUUGCUCUACCAUCACCAUUCAUCUUCUGUGCAUUACUUCAACAUUUACUGGCAUAUCCCAAAACGUUUACUCUCGGAGAGGCAGUGAUUGUUGCACAGAGCGCAGUGAUCUCGGGUACUGUGUUGGUGGCCCAGACUAUGUGUAAUCUGGGAGAUAAAGGCACUGAUGUGGAUCUUGUGAAUAGUGUUGUUAUUACAGUGUUAUCAACAGUGGGGUUAAUUGUUACAGCCUUAUAUUUUUUGAAAAAAGACUCUAGAACGGUUAAAUUGCUGAUUUACAUCUUGACCGCCGCUGCAGCGUUUGCGGUCAUACAACUAUAUGCAUUACUUGGAGUGACUUGUAUACCCGAAUUAUUCAUAUUUAUCUUCAUUCAUCCGACGAGAGUAAAACUAAUAGCUCUUUGGGCGUGCCUAGUAUUAGUCGCUGUAUUUGUGCUAGUAUUGCGUACUAAAACAGCGAUAAAGGCUACCACGGUCACAAGGAAAGCGUUCCAUCUGCUAGCUGCUGCGGUAUUCACUACGGGGAUAUUGUUGGACCUCAGACUUAUGGAGAUGGCGGCUGGCAUUGGGUUUGGACUACUCAUUUUAAUUGAGGCAUUGAGAAAAUCGAAUAUAGAACCAAUCUCACCAGCAUUACAAUCGGCGUUCCUCGUUUACAGCGAUGAAAAGGAUUGCGGCGAAUUCGCGCUAACCCCCAUCUACAUGUACUGCGGCCUUGGCUUCGGUCUGGUCGCGCCGCGCGAAGCACCGACGCUGGAGCGCCUAGCCGGCGUGCUGGCCGUGGGCGUGGGCGACGCCGCCGCCAGCUGGUUCGGCAAGAGAUACGGACACACGAAAUGGCAUGGGCAAAACCGAACAGUGGAGGGAACGUUGUUCAAUAUACUGUCACAGGUCAUUACAGUCUACUGCCUUGGUUUGUUUGAUGUAAUGGACUGCAACAACGCAGUGCUCCGCACAGCUGUAGCGGCGACAGCGUCAAGCCUAGUCGAAGCGAAGACAGACCAGGUCGAUAACUUGAUACUACCGCUGAUUAAUAUUAUCGCGUUCCAGUUCACACACUUUAUGAGCUAGAUUUAAAUAAGUAAUAGGGAGUGUGCAUAAACUGUAGAAUACAUACAGAAGCCCCUAUUCAUUGACGCGAAGCAUCAUAUAGUUUCAAUUUUUAGAGUUAAGCUACUAGAUGGCAGACUCUACAAUGCGAAAUAGAGCCAGCGUGAAGUGUAGGGGGCAGCACUUGCUUAGAAGCGCGAAUUGUUUUCGCUUUCGAUUCGGGCCGCGUAGCCAACAUGCCAAUCGAUUACGCUCCGUAGCGAUCGCAACGCAACUGUCACUGUCGCACUAAUAUGGAAGAGUGAUAGAGAGACAUAAUGCUUUUCGUUGUCGAAGCGAUAGCGAUUGUAACCUUGGCUAGGCCGGCAGGUCACGAGAUGGCACGCACGGUCUCUAGUAAGUAGUGGACAGUGGCUUGACGACCUUAACGUGAACUAAUCUAGCUGUGGGUGUGGCAUCUGUGGAGCCCUUUACUUUCUAUGUAUAUUCCCGAGGCAAUAAAAAAACCGCCAAGUGCUAGUCAGACUCGCGCACGAAGGGUUUCGUACCAUUAUCAAAAAAUCACGUUGUAUGAGAGCCCCACUUAAAUAUUGAUUUUAUUCUGUUUUUAGUAUUUGUUAUAGCGGCAACAACAGAAAUACAUCAUCUGUGAAAAUGUCAACUGUCUAGCUAUCACGGUUCAUGAGAUACAGCCUGGUGACAGACAGACAGACGGACAGUGGAGUCUUAGUAAUGGUCCCGAUUUUACUCUUUGGGUACGGAACCCUAAAAAGGGUCUCACGGAGCCCCUUUAAAAGCGAGCACUUGGCCCACACCUAACUACUUCACUGAUAAAUGAAAGUAGGUACUCAGGACGUACAAAACACGCUGUGGUUGUUUGGUUGUGAAUUAAAUUUGUGAGUGUGACGCCCAUCAUACAAAGUGUUAGCCGAAGAAAAUCUAGUUGGUUUGAAUUUCUUUUGUUUCAAAAUUAGCGAUAGUUAUGAAUAAUUCAAAUAUUAUUGAAGCGCAGUGUACAACAUUUAAUCGUUUUUCAUUAAAAUAUGCUCGAUGUUACUAUACCUCUUGUCGUGAACUAAAGUAAAGGCCAUUACAGACGGCCGUACUGGACCGCGACCUCAGUCCGGCGAAAAAGAGAUCCCAAAGUCGCGAUGCAACCGUCUGUAAACACUGUAAAACUUCUCUAUUAAAUGUGCAUAACUUUAAGACUCUUUUCGUUACUCUGACUAACAGAUAGCAUUUACUGGUAGUGAUAAAGUAAGAAGUGAUAUAAUUAAGACUGCAAUGGAACAUUUUUUAAUCAUAUCUACUUAAAUUCAUAUCUACUUAAUGAAAAUGCAAUGUUUUCGUAUCAAGCUAUCCAGGUGAUGGAAACCAAAGGUUCUAAGAACCACUUUGUAUAUAAUAAAUCAACGUAAGCUCCUUAAGUUUGGGCUGCCAAAAAAAAAUAGUUAGAUCAAGACAGAUAUUGUUUUUGAUAAAACUUUUUAUACUUUUGUACAUACCUUAUAAUUUAUUAUUAGACAUUCCAAAUGACACCAAAGACGUUUUUUAAAAUUAAAGAUUUUUGUUUUAAUUAAAAUUGUUUAAUAUUAAAAGUUGUUUCUUUUAAAUUGUUCCUGUAUUAAGUUUAACUAUCAUACAUAAUUUUAUUUGAGACUACAUAAUUAGUAUUAGGUCUACCAUUGGCAAAAAAGUUGCACAGUGAUUUUCUAGUACAAAGUUUCAUACAUUUUUACACUAAAUGUAAUACAAAUCAAUGUCAUGCAAUCAAGCCUUCAACCAGAUCGUAGCUUACCAUAAUAACUUCUUACCAAUUGUCUCAGUUAAAUUAAAAUGGUAGACUUAUAUAAUAUAUAUGUCGCAGUCAAAAGUGUGAACUGGUCAAAAGAACUUUUAACCGACAAAAACAGGCAAAAUUGCUUUUGACUGUGCAUGUUGGUCAAAAGUAGUUUUACCUGAAAAUCAUUGGUUAAUAGUAAUUGUGACUGUAACUAUCAGUCAAAAGUACUCGCAGAGAUAGGUAGGUUAGGGUUUUUUUUUUUGCUACGCCCAAAAACUAAACUGUUCCCAGAGAUAGGUAGGUUAGGGUUAUUUUUUUUGCUACGCCCUAAAAACGAAACUUCUGCCAGAA